AACUGGAGCAAUUUCAGACAUAUGUUGAUAUAGAUGAAGAUGACAUGGACGAUGUUAAGUUGUUGCAAAAUGGUGGUACCAUUAUUCUAGAGCAAAUUAUCACCAAUAUGAAGCCAUCAUUGCAGAGUCCACAGAGAUCACCAGCAACUGUUGAUGCUACACCAUCAGCACCUGCAGACGGUCAAGUCCUUCAUCUCCAGUGCUCUACCUCAUCAGAUGUGUCAACUUCUCCAUCUGACAAAGAUGCUAGUACAGCGAAGAGACGCAUCAAUACAAAAUACCAUCCCUACCAUUAAAAUUAGGGCACACUUUGCAGAAAAUGGCCGAAGUACAACAAGGCAAGGGAUCCGAAAGUGGAGAUGACAAUAUGUACCACAAUGCAAAGAAAUUCAGUGAGUGUUGCACAAGUGAUUGGUCGUGCUUUAUUUCCUCCAAUGCCCUCACAACGCUGCAUGAACAGAAAAGGAAUCGCGUUGAACUUCUCCCUCUCACAGAGGAUGUGGUUCAUCUUACUAACUUCUUGAAGGAAGGGGAAGAAGAAGUUAUCACAGACUGGCUGAAGAUAUGAGUGAUUCAGAAGCAUGGAAUGACUUGAAUGAAGUAACUCUAGUCCAAGUUACCAUGUUCAAUAGAAGAAGGACUGGGGAGAUGUCCAAGAUGAAGCUUAGUGACUACAAGAAAAUAGAUGGAAUACCAGAUUCAACCGUUGUCAAGUCCCUUUCCCAACUUGAAAAGGAACUGUGUAAGAAGCUGUCUCAGGUGGAGCUUGUUGGGAAAAGAGGCAGAUCGGUCCCUGCCCUACAUGUACUAACAUCUGAGAUGGAGGAAUGGAUUUCUGCUCUAGUUGAUAACCGACAGCAAGCAGGAGUCAACACAGAAAAUGAGUACUUGUUUGCUCGAUCUCAUAAUAUGUCACUGGGGCAUAUUCAAGCUAGUAAUUGUCUACGCAAGUUUAUUUGAGUGAGGUCAAGCAUCCAGAAACAAUUACAGGAACACUCCUGAGGAAACAGCUGGGAACUUUAUGCCAGCUUCUUAACUUGAAGGAAAAUGAGAUGGAUAUUGUAGCCAAUUUCUUAGGACAUGACUUGCAUGUACAUCGAGAAUUCUACAGACUCCCAAAUGAAGUGCUGCAAGUGGCUAAGGUAACCAAGAUCCUACUUACGAUGGAACAAGGUGGGGAAGGACUCUCUCAAGGUGAAACACUUGAUAAUGUACCUGUGCUUAAUGAAGAGCUUGGCAAUGAUGACUUUGAGGUGUCAGAUGCAGAGGAUGCCAUAAAUGAGUCACAUUCUCCGUGUCUGGAUGCAGAGUCUUUGGGGACUCCAGAGAGACAUACAAAGAGAAAACACCCACCUAAGAUGAAGAAUCAGAAUAUCAGGAAAUGGAAGCAAUGGAGUCCAGGUGAAAAAGCAGCAGUACAAUGUCACUUCCACCGACUUCUUUUGACCAACACUCUUCCUGGCAAAUCACAAAUUGAGCAGUGCUUAAAAGAGGAGCCCAUCUUGCAUAAAAGAACCUGGCGUAAUAUCAAAGAUUACAUUCGCAACAGUUUCAAGCAAAAGAAAGGCUGCAGGUAAAAAGACUGUAGACUUCCAUUAAACACUAAUCUUUAGUUUACCUUAUGUUUACCAGUGAAGAUUGAAUUUCCAAUGAUUACCAUUGUGUAAAGUGCUGUGUAAAAUAAGAAUUUUUUUCCACUUUGUCUAUGCUUUGCUCAUGCAUUAAUACCUAUUAAUGCAUGAUACUUUUUUUUUUACUUCUUUAUUUGAAAGUUUGCAAUGGAACUCAUUUUUGAUAAGUGAUCAUCUGUCCAAUAGUCAUUUAUUUAACAACACAGUGUAAGUAGAUCAUCUACAAUGAAAGACUUGCACACUGCAUUGGUACACGUCAUCAAGCAGUAUGCAUUAAAGCUACAGUCCCAUAUACGUCCCGGACCGUCCCGGACCAUCCGGACCCCAUCCGGGGUGAUCCGGGAUUCGG